GACAAGACGCUGACGAACAAGAGGUGGAAGAAGACAACUGAAGCGCCUCGUCUUUAUUAUUUUAUAAAGAUCAGUUAAGACAAAUAAUUUCGUCAAGAAUUGAUUUUAAAUGAUUGCCGUCAGGAUUGGCUUGGGUAUCCUGUGCAUCUUGUAACGAAGCAGCACUUUAAAUACAGAUGGCCGUUCAGUGUGUGUCGAAAAUCGAGCUCUCCAUCUCUUGCAAUAAUCUUCUGGAUAAAGAUGUUGGAUCCAAAUCUGAUCCACUCUGUGUUUUGCUGCAGAGUGUCGGCGAUGACAAAUGGACAGAGGUAGAACGCACAGAGAGAGUGAAGAAUUGCCAGGACCCCGAGUUCUCCACAAAACUUCACAUCGACUACUACUUUGAGAAGGUGCAGAAACUAAAGUUUGGCGUCUAUGACAUUGACAACAAGUCCGUUGACCUCAAGGAUGAUGACUUUCUGGGAGGCUUUGAAUGCACCCUUGGUCAGAUUGUAUCAAGUAGGAAGAUUACCAGACCCCUUCAGCUCAAGGAAACAAAACCAGCUGGGAAAGGCACAAUAACAAUUACAGCAGAAGAAGUGAAGGACAACAGGGCUAUUGUAAUGGAAGUGGAGGCAAAAAACCUGGAUAAAAAGGAUCUGUUUGGGAAAUCUGAUCCAUUCUUGGAGUUUUUCAAGCAGGAAGAAGAUGGCAAAUGGCAGUUAAUUCACAGGACAGAGGUCAUCAAAAAUAAUUUGAAUCCAUCUUGGAAAAAGUUUACGGUCUCCUUGCAUACGUUCUGUGGUGGUGACCUGAACAAACCAAUCAAGGUUCAUUGUUUUGAUUAUGAUAGCGAUGGCUCUCAUGAUCUCAUUGGUGUGUUUCAAACUAAUGUGUCAGAUCUGCAGAAAGCAGUUAAUGGCUCCCCGGUCGAGUUUGACUGCAUUCAUCCAGAGAAACAAAAGAAGAAAAAGAGUUAUAAGAACUCUGGGGUCAUCAGGAUUAAGUAUUGCAAGCUUGAAGCACAGUAUUCAUUUCUGGAUUAUGUGAUGGGAGGUUGCCAAAUUAACUUCACGGUUGGCAUUGACUUCACUGGCUCUAAUGGAGACCCCCGCUCCCCUGACUCUCUUCAUUAUAUCAGCCCUAAUGGUGUAAACCAGUAUCUGUCAGCCAUCUGGUCCGUUGGUCAGGUAGUCCAAGACUAUGACACUGAUAAACUUUUCCCAGCAUUUGGAUUUGGUGCUCAAAUACCUCCAAACUUUCAGGUAUCCCAUGAGUUCCCAUUGAACUUCAACCCCAGUAGCCCAUAUUGCCAAGGAGUGCAAGGAAUUGUGGAGGCCUAUCGUAUGUCUUUGCCUCAAGUCCGUCUUUAUGGACCGACCAACUUCUCCCCCAUUAUAAAUCAUGUGGCCCGAAUUGCAGCUGGAGCCGCCCAGCAACCAAAUGCAGCUCAAUACUUUGUGCUGUUGAUCAUCACUGAUGGGGAGAUCACUGAUCUUGACCAGACCAGACAGUCCAUUGUAAACUGCUCCAAACUUCCCAUGUCCAUCAUCAUUGUGGGUGUGGGUGAGGCAGACUUUAAGGCCAUGGAGUUUCUUGAUGGGGACGGUGGAGUUCUCAAAUCUGUGUCCGGAGAGGCGGCAGUCAGAGAUAUCGUGCAGUUUGUGCCUUUCAAGCAGUUUGCCAGUGCUCCUAAAGAAGCAUUGGCUCAGAGCGUUCUUGCUGAGGUGCCAAAUCAACUGGUGUCGUACUUUAAAAUGAGGAAUCUGCUUCCUGUCAACCCCCCUCCACCGACCAAGUAGACACCGGUUUGCAAUGAAGACUGAAACAUAGCCAUCUAUAUAAAAUAGUUACAAGUUAAGUAUAUGGAGCAUCACUAGAGGGAGCCACAGUUCUGUUAAAGGAAGCAAUGUCGGGUGUUGAGCUCUUACAAAUACCACUUUUAUUCCAUUUGUAUUGCCUUUUUUAUAUAUAUCAUGCAAACAAUUUUUAUUUUCAGUCCUUCAUAGAUUUCUUUUAUUAUCCUAGAUUCUUCAUAUUAUUCUUUUCCAACUGGUAUAGAGUUUUUAUAAAUAUUCCUUUUUACAGAUCUAUUUUCCUGUAUUAUUACAUAUAUUUUUUUAUAUUGUUUAUGGAUACAGAUGCCUUGAUUUUUCCUUCAGCCAAGAUUUGAAAUCAAUCGUUAGGCCUUUCUAUUGCUUUUUGGUGCCUAUGUAUGCAAUAUCAAUCAGGAAUGCUGAUUUAUGAAUAGCUAUGCUAGUUAUCAGUGAAUUACUACUCAUUCAGCCACUAUGCUGCAAAACACAAUCAUGCUCUCAUAAUAGAGAUGAUUAGUAGUUUGCCAAAGAAAUCACUGCAUGACUUUUAGUAGCACACUAUAUGAGUUUAAGUAGAACUGAAUUUUAAAAAUGCUGCUUUACUAAUAUAAAGGAAUUACGUAGACUUUGGGAUUAUUUAAGACCACAGUGUCUUUUUAAAAAGUUGUAGUUUGUGCCAAGUAAUAUUUGAAAGAUUCCUUUGGAAUGAGAGGUAAUUUGAUUUAUUUAACACAAAUGUUUGCACCUUAAUCGCACAGUAAAGUUAAUCUGCACUUAUCCUUUAGAGCUGUUGAAUUUAGUAAUAUGUAUGCUUGCUCUUGCCACAUAAAGCCUUAUGGGACCGUUAUCUUGUUUUAAUCUAUUGAUUUAAAGGGAAUGGGGUUAUAAUCAUAUUAUGAUCGUUUUUCUCCAUGCCCUUUGAUUUUUUUCUAACCAUGAAAUAUGUUUACACAGCAGCAUGUUGUUCUGUUCUUCAGAAGCCAUUUUAUACCGUCAAGAAAUGCUAAAUAAAAUUGCCAUAUUAACACA